GUCGUACUCGUACGCUACCUUUUAUCCAUCCAUGGCGCCGCCGCCGCCGCCGCCACUCCACCCCCAUCACCACUGCGUUCUCACCCGCUUCCGCUGCCCGGCCACCGGUACCGCCCGCUUCCUCAUUCGCCUAGGCAUCAAACCCUUCUGUUGCUCCUCGGUUCCCUCGCGAACCCCACCUCCCCUCCAUGGACCCUCGCUCCGCCGCGGACGGCGCCCGCUGGACUACCCGGACCCCUUCGCCCGCACCUUCGACCUGGCCGCGCUACGCGUCCCUGCCGCCGCGUGCGCACCCCUCGAGCGCCGCCUCCGGGGCCACCUGCUCAACUGGCCCCGCGUCCACAACGUGAUCCGCCUCCGUAACGACCAGGGCCUCCUCUCACUGUCGCCUCCUCCCCCGGGCUACCCCGCCGAGGAGCCGGGGGGCCCCGCCCCACGGGCCACCGCAGUACUGCGGAGGGAGAAGCUGGUCCGCGAGUUGAACGCCCGUGGCUUCCUACGGUUCCCAAACCUCGCCCGCCUCUCGCGGCCCAGUCCCCUCGCGCGGAAGCGGAGGGAGAGGAAGGGAGACGGCGGCGAUGAGGAGACGUGUGAGCCUGACAAAGACAAGGCCUACGUGGUGGAGGUAGCGGGGGAGAGAAGAGAGGACGACGACGAUUGGAAGGGUCUGGUCGGAGAGGAGGGCAUUGGGAGAGACACGUGGCGGAUUGGCUCCACCCGGUUGCUGUUGCUUGAGGAGAGAUACGCCGAGAGGAAGGUUGAUGAGCUGCCGGAGGCAGUGAAGGAUGUGUUAGACCAUGAAACUCAACAUGAUGAGUCAUCUGCUUUUGAGCUUAUACGAUGUCAUCUAACUUUAUUUUAUACCUACUGGUCAAUGAGUGAGGUACCUUAACUAGUUCUUUGCUGAAUAUCUAAGCACAAUUUUACUUCUGAAUUUGUUUUACUGAUUCCUGAUACAUUUCUAGUUGUUUUCAUGUGUUUCUUAUUAAGGAUAGCAUACAUUGUUUCCUUUCAUUUCUGCUAAUGGGUUCACUCAUAAGUCAU